CAGCCAGGAGGAGAGGCCUGUGGCUCUGUGUGAGGGGGGCACGGAGUCAGAGGGAGAAGGGACAAGAGGGGAGAGAAAGGGCGGCGGGGGACCCCACGCUGGAUCGGCUGCUUUGGAACCAAGAGGCCUUCGCAAAGGGGACUUACACUGCACCUGAGUUUGGGAUUUUACAGUGAGUUGUCACAUUUUUUCUGGGAUUGGGAGCCGGUCACAGGUGGAGGCAUCAGGAUGGCGGCCAACGCAGAUGCGGCCAAGCCGGUCAUCAUGAACGAAGAGGAGCUGAAAAGGAAGCAGAGGGAGAAGCUGAAGAAGUUACAGGCCACGGGAGGAAACCCUCGACCCGCUAGAUCCCUCUUCCUCUUCAACCUCAAAAACCCCUUCCGCAAGGCCUGCAUCAACAUUGUGGAGUGGAAAACCUUUGAAAUCAUCAUCCUAUUGACCAUCUUUGCGAACUGUGUUGCUUUGGCUGUGUUCCUGCCGAUGCCUGAAGAAGACAGCAAUAACACCAACUCAAGUUUGGAGAGUCUGGAGUAUAUCUUCCUGGUCAUCUUCACUCUGGAGUGCUUCUUGAAGAUAGUAGCGUAUGGUUUCGUGUUCCAUGAAGGAGCCUAUUUACGGAACUGCUGGAACAUAUUGGACUUUGUCAUCGUCUUCAUGGGCCUCUUCACCUUUGCUUUGGAUACCAUAAACAAGAUAGCAGGUGUACCAAUGGAGAAGGGUGGAGGGUUUGACAUGAAGGCGCUGAGAGCCUUCAGAGUCCUGCGGCCCCUUCGCCUUGUUUCUGGAGUCCCCAGCCUACAGGUGGUGAUGAACUCCAUCCUCAAAGCCAUGCUGCCUCUGCUGCACAUCGCCUUGCUGGUCUUCUUACUGGUCACUAUCUAUGCCAUCAUGGGACUGGAGCUGUUUAAGUGCAAAAUGCAUAAGACCUGCUAUUACACUGACACAAAUAUCUAUGCCACAGCAGAGGCUGAGCUGCCGGCUCCCUGCGCUCAGGCUGGUAAUGGACGCCGCUGCAUCAUCAAUGGUUCUGAGUGUCGGCCUGGAUGGGAAGGUCCCAACAAUGGCAUCACCCACUUUGAUAACAUCGGCUUUGCCAUGCUUACUGUAUACCAGUGUAUCACCAUGGAGGGAUGGACCAAAGUGCUCUACUGGCUUAAUGAUGCCAUAGGAAAUGAAUGGCCUUGGCUCUAUUUUGUUCCUCUCAUUCUGUUGGGCUCCUUUUUUGUGCUUAAUCUGGUUCUGGGCGUGCUCAGUGGAGAGUUCACCAAAGAGCGAGAGAAGGCCAGGUCACGUGGAGAGUACCAGAAGCUACGAGAGCGUCAGCAGCUGGAUGAGGACCUUCAUGGCUACAUGGAGUGGAUCACUCACGCUGAAGUCCUGGAUGCCGACAGAGAGGGCAAAGGUCCGCUCUAUAUUAACCACCUCAUCUCCCACCCCACGUAGAGACACUGUCAACUUACAGCUGUUAUUCCCUUGUCAGGUCUCCUGCCUUUGACCAGUGGAGAUUCAGACACAGACAGCCUGUAUGACCUGGAAGGCAAGAGUCGAAUUGUCUACUACUAGUGAGUCUGCUGUUCUGUAAAUGUAUAAAUGCUGGUGUGUAAUGUCCAUGGCAGCUUGUAAGCCAGGGUUGUUUUCAUGUUUAGCCGCCUGGCUCGCCGCUGGAACCGUUUCUUCAGGAUGAAGUGCCUGGUGUAUGUGAAAACCAAUAGCUUCUACUGGGCGGUGAUGAUCCUCGUGUUCUUCAACACUCUGACCAUAGCCACAGAGCACCACCACCAGUCUGAGUCCCUGACCUCCCUGCAAGAUGUGGCCAGUCGUGUGCUACUGGUGCUGUUUGUCAUCGAGAUGUUUGUGAAGAUGUAUGCACUGGGACCCAGAGCGUACUUCAUGUCUCUGUUUAACCGUUUCGACUUCUUUGUGGUGCUCUGCGGCAUCCUGGAGAUGAUCAUGCUGUCUGCAGGGGCUGUGACUCCUCUGGGUUUCUCAGUACUGAGGUGCAUCCGACUGCUGAGGAUUCUCAAAGUCACCAAAUACUGGAAGUCUCUAAGUAACCUUGUGGCCUCCCUCCUCAACUCUGUUCGCUCCAUUGCCUCCCUGCUCCUCCUCCUCUUCCUCUUCAUCGUCAUCUUCUCACUCCUGGGCAUGCAGGUGUUUGGAGGGAAAUUCAACUUCACCGACCACCGAGCCAGACGCAGUAACUUUGACAACUUCCCUCAGGCCCUGAUCAGUGUGUUUCAGAUCCUCACAGGAGAGGACUGGACCAGCAUCAUGUAUAAUGGCAUUAUGGCCUAUGGAGGGCCUGUGAUCCCUGGCAUCCUGGUCUCCAUCUACUUUAUUGUCCUCUUUGUUUGUGGAAACUACAUCCUCCUCAACGUCUUCUUGGCCAUCGCCGUCGACAACCUGGCAGAGGCUGAGAGUCUGACUUCAGCUCAGAAAGAAAAGGCGGAAGAGAAAAUGAGGAGGAAGCUACUAAGGUCCAAAAUGCCUGAGAAGACUGAUGAGGAGAGAGAGAGGAUUGCUAAGAAACUGGCAGAGCAGAGGGCCAAGAUGGAGAACAUGCCCACCACAGCCAAGCUCAAAGUCGAUGAAUUUGAGUCCAAUGUCAAUGAAGUGAAAGAUCCAUUUCCACCUGCUGACUUCCCUGGUGAUGAUGAGGAAGUAGAACCUGAAAUCCCCAUCAGCCCUCGGCCCCGACCGAUGGCCGACCUGCAGCUGAAGGAAGAAGCAGUUCCAUUGCCUGAAGCCAGUUCCUUUUUCAUUUUUGGCCCUCAGAACAAGUUCCGUAAGCUGUGCUACAAGAUCAUCAAUGCUUCGUCCUUCACCAACUUAAUCCUCCUCUUCAUCCUGCUGUCCUCUAUCUCGCUGGCAGCUGAGGAUCCCAUUGAUCCCAAGUCCUACAGAAACCAGAUCUUGGCCUACGCUGACAUUGUCUUCACAACCGUAUUCACCAUUGAGAUUGUGCUGAAGAUGACCGUGUACGGAGCAUUCAUGCACGAGGGCUCUUUCUGCCGUAACUCUUUUAACAUCCUGGAUCUGAUUGUGGUCACAGUGUCUCUCCUGUCUAUGGGAAUGGAAUCCAGUGCCAUUUCUGUGGUGAAGAUUCUCAGGGUGUUGAGGGUACUGAGGCCUCUCAGAGCCAUCAACAGAGCCAAAGGGUUGAAGCAUGUGGUUCAGUGCGUGUUUGUGGCCAUCAAAACAAUCGGCAACAUCGUCCUGGUCACCAUGCUGCUGAACUUCAUGUUUGCCUGUAUCGGUGUCCAACUCUUUAAGGGUAAAUUCUACAGCUGCACAGACCCAUCCAAAGUGACUGGGGAGGAAUGCCAGGGAUUCUUCAUGAAGCACAUGGAAAAUUCCCUCCAAGACACGGUGCUGGCGAAAAGAGAAUGGAUCAACAGCGACUUCAACUUUGACAAUGUGCUCUACGGGAUGUUGGCUCUAUUCACUGUUUCCACAUUUGAGGGAUGGCCAAAGCUCUUGUACAGAGCCAUAGAUUCAGACCAAGAAGAUAUGGGUCCGGUGUUCAACAACCGCGUCGACGUGUCCAUCUUCUUUAUCGUCUACAUCAUCCUCAUAGCUUUCUUCAUGAUGAACAUCUUUGUGGGCUUUGUCAUAGUCACCUUCCAGGAGCAGGGCGAGCAGGAGUAUAAGAACUGUGAGCUGGACAAGAACCAGCGUCAGUGUGUGCAGUACGCUCUGAAGGCUCGUCCUCUGAGGUGCUACAUCCCUAAAAAUCCCUACCAGUACAGGGUCUGGUACAUUGUCACCUCCUGCUACUUUGAGUACCUCAUGUUCUUCCUAAUUAUGCUCAACACCUUGUGUCUGGGGAUGCAGCACUGUAAUCAGUCCGACCAUGUCACCAAGCUGUCGGACACUCUCAACUUGAUCUUCACCGUGCUCUUCACCGUGGAGAUGAUUCUCAAGCUCAUGGCCUUCAAAGCGAGGGGCUACUUUGGAGACCCCUGGAACGUGUUUGACUUCAUCAUCGUCAUUGGUAGCGUUGUUGAUGUCAUCCUGAGUGAAGUCGAUACUGCCCUGGCCUCCAGUGGAGGACUGUACUGUCUCCAUGGCUGUGCUGAGACGAAUCCUAUGCAAGCAAUUGCGGCCUCUGAAAAUGCCUCGGUUUCCAUCACGUUCUUCCGACUCUUCCGUGUUAUGCGUCUGGUCAAACUGCUGAACCGCUCAGAGGGCAUCCGUAAUCUGCUGUGGACCUUCAUCAAGUCUUUCCAGGCCCUCCCUCAUGUAGCGCUGCUCAUUGUGAUGCUCUUCUUUAUCUACGCCGUCAUUGGGAUGCAGAUCUUUGGUAAAGUAGCCUUAGUGGACGGCACCCAAAUCAACCGCAACAACAACUUCCAGACAUUCCCUCAGGCUGUUCUGAUGUUAUUCCGAUGUGCUACUGGAGAGGCUUGGCAGGAGGUCAUGAUGGCUUCAAUGUAUGGGAAGAAGUGUGACCCCAAAUCCGACUUCCUGCCAGGAGAAGAGUACACCUGCGGGUCCAACUUUGCUGUCUUCUAUUUCCUCAGCUUCUACUGUCUCUGUGCCUUCCUGAUCCUCAACCUGUUUGUAGCUGUCAUCAUGGACAACUUUGACUACCUGACGCGUGAUUGGUCUCUUCUUGGUCCACAUCAUCUGGAUGAGUUUAAGAAGAUCUGGGCUGAGUAUGACCCUGAAGCCACGGGGAGAAUCAAACAUCUGGAUGUGGUGACGCUGCUGCGACGCAUCCAGCCUCCACUGGGCUUCGGCAAGUUCUGUCCUCAUCGUGCUGCUUGUAAGGUACGUAGCUGUAAAGCAAAGACCAUGUGGUGCCUGUAUUUACAGUACCGUUCCCACGGUCUGUUUGGUAACCGCGUGGACUCGUUUGCCGCCGAGCCUGAAAACGCUCAGGCCCAACAGAUGGCCAGCCAGCGGCCCCUCAAGUUCUCUGAGAGCCAACCCGAGUCUCCACCAAACUCCUCCGCCUUGGUGCCCACAACCGAAUUUUUCCCCACAGCCGCACCAAGGAACAACACUAACAACAACGCCUUUGCAGACUUUUCAUUUGAAAGAGAAGGCAGCCCAGAAGAGUUUUACAAUCCUUGUGAGGACGACGAGCCAGACAGCAGACGCUCCUGGAGCUUCACAUUCCCUUAUGAACCCGUCUGUGGCGACAGUCAGAGUCAGAGCUCUCGCACUGCAGCCGACCAGCUUAUCCGGGAGGCUCUAGUAAAAGGCGGUCUCGUCUCCCAGGCCAGAGACCCGGGCUUUGUGUCCCUCACGAAGCAGGAGAUGGCCGACGCCAUGCGGAUGCCCAUCGCUCACAUGGAGGGCAUGGCUCAGGGCAUCCUCAGCGAACGCUCCGGCAGCAGUGCUUCUGUCAAAAAGAGACGCCCCGUCCCCGUCCCUCCUCCUGCUGUCCCUGCUGUGGCAGCACAGGAAACAGGCCGGCCAGACCCGGCUGUGAGGAGAAAGAGACGUCCAAUUCCCAAGACUCCCUCCAUACAGGAGUCGGAGGCCGACUCUGAAGUGUAG